UAAACCACACACUGUAUCACGUGAGAGGGAUCUUCAGUAUAGUAUAGAUCAAGUCCAUAACCAUAAGUCUUGUCAUGUUUUUGACCAGAUCUGAGUAUGACAGAGGAGUAAAUACAUUCUCACCUGAAGGUAGAAUAUUUCAAGUUGAGUAUGCAAUUGAAGCAAUUAAGCUUGGAUCUACAGCAGUUGGAAUUAGAACGUCUGAAGGUGUGGUGAUGGCUGUCGAAAAGCGUAUUACUUCACCACUAAUGGAACCAUCAAGUGUAGAAAAAAUUUUAGAGAUUGACAGUCAUAUUGGGUGUGCAAUGAGUGGAUUGAUUGCUGACUCAAGGACUAUGGUUGAUAAAGCACGUGUCGAAGCUCAGAAUUAUUGGUUUAUUUAUAACGAGCCCAUUGCUAUUCAAGGUGUGACACAAGCUGUCAGUAAUUUAGCAUUACAAUUUGGAGAGGAUGAUGAUGAGAAAGAAAUGAGCCGUCCAUUUGGAACAGCUUUGUUGAUUGGUGGCGUUGAUGAAAAUGGUCCACAAUUGUAUCAUUUAGAUCCAUCUGGCACUUACACUCAAUAUGAUGCAAAGGCUAUUGGUUCAGGCUAUGAAGGUGCACAGGCUGCUCUUCAAGAAGUCUAUAAUAAGAGUAUGACAUUGCUGGAAGCAGAAGAAAAGCUAUUGCAGAUACUUCGUCAGGUUAUGGAAGAAAAGUUAACUUCAACUAAUGUUGAGAUGACAGCUGUUAGAGUAGGUGGAAAGUUUCAGAGAUAUUCUAAAGAAGAACUUGAAGUCAUUUUAGCUCGCAUAAAAACAUAGCUUUAUGUAUAAUGACUGUCUUAUUAUAGAUACUGUUAUCAUGAUCUAGUUAUUAAAAAGUCUUUUGUCUGCAGAAUGGACAUUGACCAUUACAAAGGACAUGUAACUCAUAA